AAUUGAUACUCAAAUACGUUAUUUGAGUUUUAAUGAUGCCGUUAAUGCAUCAAAUAAUCUGAAUAAAUUUGUUGAACUUAAUCAGGACGAAACAGAAAUUGAAGAAACUCCUCAACUAUAUCGCACAUUUUCUUUUAUUGAAGACAGAGAAAAUGAAACCAUCCAGGACGAAGAAGGAGAAUGCUCCAAAUUUGUUAAUGAAAAUAAUAAUUUUGAAGUUAAAAACAGAGAUGAAAAGGAUAUUUAUGAUACAGAAAUGUUUGAAUUUUGA